AGGGAGAGUAUGUCCAAGGAUGGAACGGUUCAUGAAUUCAACAGCAAUGUAAAAACUCUCUUUUCUGAUGUUUCAUGUCCAUCAGUUUCCAUUCAAUUAAGUGAAUCUGUAAUGCUGAUGUGCUUACUGAGGAAAGACAAGGGUGUUUUGUUCCAGAGGGGUUUGUUUCCUUAUAUUGUUGUAUCAUGGGAUACUAGACGGAAGACACAUGUCUGUUUCUCACUAAAUAUAGAAUAAAGUAUAUUUGAUUUUUUAUCCCAUUUGAACUGACCUAACUAAAGAUGUCUAAUAUGUUAAUUGUUCUCUUACUGUCUCCAGACAAUUCUAUUCCUUCAGCAGUUGCUGUCCUUUGCAGAUGUUGUUCGGUCCAUCCUUUAUCCUCAUGAUGUAGACAAUGACACAGUAACUAUGGAGGUGUCCAGUAGUGUUCAGGUGGACGUUCAACAUGACACUGGUAAGGUGCUGGAGCAUCUCCAGUACAACCUACAGAGUAAGGCCAAGGUGUACGAGGACCACGCUCUCGGGGCCAUCUUCCUCCUCAACAACUACAACUACAUCCUCAAGUCAAUGAAGAAGUCAUCUCUGUUUGAAGUGGUUAAAACCAGRGGCAGGGAUCCGGAGGUUGAGUACGGGGAACUGAUUGAGCAACAGAAGCAGGCGUACCAGCACAGUUGGUUGAAGGUGACCGAGUGCCUGACUGAAAAGAAUCUGCCCACCUUUAAGCCAGGUGACAAGUUGAAAGAAAAAGACUGUCAGGUGAUUAAAGACAAGUUCAAGAGCUUCAACGAGGGCCUGGAGGAACUGUAUAAGCUCAGAAGGCGUGGGCCAUCCCAGACAGAGAGCAGCGCCAGGCCAUCUAAACUCAAAAACAACUAG